AUAAAGCCGCGCAGAGAGCGUGAAACAAAGCAGUCGGAUCGGAAUUGGACUUGGGAGGCGCGGUGUGGAGUCAGGCAUAAAACUUGUUGGAGGGGAGCAAGGAGCCUGCCCCUCUCGCUCUCCGUGGCUGCGCUGCGCUUCAGGGGCUCCCACUGGCCUUGCGAUUUAUUUUUAUAUCUGCCUUUUAUAUAGAGAAAUAUAUAUUUUUUUCUUCUUAAGAGAAAAUUUCUGUUCCAAGAGAAAAUAAGGCAACAUCAAUGAAGGAGAGAAGAGCUAGCCAGAAAUUAUCUAGUAAAUCUAUCAUGGAUCCUAAUCAGAACGUGAAAUGCAAGAUAGUAGUGGUGGGAGACAGCCAGUGUGGGAAAACCGCGCUGCUGCACGUCUUUGCCAAGGACUGCUUCCCCGAGAAUUAUGUGCCCACGGUGUUUGAGAAUUACACAGCCAGUUUUGAAAUCGACACACAAAGAAUAGAGUUGAGCCUGUGGGACACUUCUGGUUCUCCUUACUAUGACAAUGUCCGUCCCCUCUCUUACCCGGAUUCGGAUGCUGUGCUGAUUUGCUUUGAUGUCAGUAGACCUGAGACUCUGGACAGUGUCCUAAAAAAGUGGAAGGGUGAAAUCCAGGAGUUUUGUCCCAAUACCAAAAUGCUCUUAGUCGGCUGCAAGUCUGAUCUUCGGACAGAUGUUAGUACAUUAGUAGAACUCUCAAAUCACAGGCAGACUCCAGUGUCAUAUGACCAGGGAGCAAAUAUGGCCAAGCAGAUUGGAGCAGCUACUUACAUUGAAUGUUCAGCCUUACAGUCAGAAAACAGCGUCAGAGACAUUUUUCAUGUUGCCACCUUGGCAUGUGUAAAUAAGACAAACAAAAACGUUAAGCGGAACAAAUCACAGAGGGCCACAAAGCGGAUUUCACACAUGCCCAGCAGACCAGAACUUUCUGCAGUUGCUACGGACUUACGGAAGGACAAAGCGAAGAGCUGCACUGUGAUGUGAAUCUUGUGUUAUCUGUCAUGAGGACAAGGGAAUCUAGUGUAAAAAGCAACAACAGCAAAAAGCAAAAACAAAAACAAUCCACAAAAAUCCAAGAACAAAGGUGAAGUCUGAAUGAAGUGCACAGCCAAAGUCGCGCCUGGAGGCUUAGGAGGCAUUUUCAAGGAGACCCAACUUUUUGGAAACCUGUCCUUAGGUUCGGCAUGUAGACCGAGUGACGAGAAGUGAAAACAUUGAAGAGUUUUGAAGUGUGACUUGAAACAUAUGCCAAAAAAAGAGAGAUACAAAUGGGAUAGAGGUGGGAAGAGGAGGAAGGCGAGUACCUCCGAGAAGAAAAAUCACACUCUGAACGGUGCUUGCGUGUUUCCUUUUUGUUAUGGUUACAAUCUCUUCAUGGAUCUCUACUUUGACUUAAUUUUUUAAAUGUUUAAUCUCCUUUACAAAAAGUAUAUAUUAAUAUACCGUCCUCAUUGGGGAACUGGCACUGUGACCUUAGCAUUUAGUUUUCUAGAGGAUGUGAUCUAAUUUCCUCCUAGCUCGUCAUUAAAAUGGAAAUUGUAUCAGGACCCAUGGGAUACCCAGAGGAAAACUUUAUGAGGCUUUGAAUUUUUGCCUUCCUGAAGAGAGCUGAGCAAGAUGGUUCUAAGGGAAGAUGUUUGCAGUCUUGCAAGCUGUGUAGACCAGCACUACAAAGAUCGCAUAGAUCAAAUAGAAAAACGGUGUUGAUUUUUAUUUAGUCUGAUGGUUUUGUUCAUCAUUGUGAUUGUCAUUAAAAAGUGGUAAAUUGCUCAAUGUGAUAUUUUUGUGCGCUGUUUAGAAAAGAGGGUGUGUGGUUUUUUUGGCCAUCGUUGAUAAAAAUGCAGUCAAAUAAAAGGUGUCUUGGUUUGAUGUUAUAGAGUGAUUCAGGUGGGUAAAACGUAGGUACUACUUUCACCAGAAGAGGUAAUGAAUGAAGGAAUAGGAGCAGAAAGCACAGUUUGUGAGUAAAACUAUCUGGAAUUAAGUUACCAAAAAUGCAAAACACAAAGACUGUUAUUUGGGGGUAAGCCUCUCAAGGUUGGCAGCAUCUGAUGAUGUGUUGGUUUGCUACACUUUCUUUAAGUGCAUAUCCAUAAAGAGAAGGAUCCACCUGCCCAAGCUUUAGAGAAUCCCCAGAGGAAAAUUAUAUGUCAGUCUCGACACAAUACUAGGGCAUUUCUAGAAUGUGAUUGCUAAACCUCAAUUAACCCAGAUUCAGCCAAGGUCCAUGUUCAACACUUGAUUGUUGUUGUUGCAUAAAACAACCACAUUUAAAUAGUUUACAGAUAUUUUUGACCAGAUCAUGUCAGAGAAGAAACCAGAUCAGACCUGUUUAUUGUCAGCGCUUGUUGAAAACGAGCUUUCUUUCCAAUGAUAAUGCUUCAUUUUUGAAGUGUUGAAGCUGUGCUCCCAUUACAUUGUGGCAGGAGAAGAGAUUAAGGUAAUUACAACACUCAGUUCUAUGUCUUACAAGCACUUUGUUUUGUCUCUGCAAGAAAAUACCAUUCCAGUCAUUUCCCAUGAAAUACAGACAUUUUACCAACAUAAUAUGCUUUGAUUGACUCAGCAUCUUGCUUUGGGCAGUAUUACAAAAUAGUUGGCAAGUGCUUUCUGUAUUUAAAUAAUGUAAAAAAAAUAAGUUAUAACUGUUAUAAAGCAGAACUUUCAUUGCGUUUUUUUAAAUUGUUGAAGUCACUUUGUAUGUUUGUUUGGUCAAUGUUUCGGCAGUAUUUAUUAAAACAUACUUUUGUUUCCCUUCAAAUAAAAAAGUAACCAUGUCGUUG